AUGGCGGGGCGUUGGAUAUUGGGAGGAGGUUUAUCCCGAGGGCGUGCCGCUUAUUGCGCUCACGGAUACGUUUACGACCGAUGCGACUUUGCCCAAUCUACUCCCCGCGUCCGACGUUGGACGGGUCUGCGACAGGAUUCCGGUGAUCCCAAGCUAUUCGCUCCGCGGGUGAAAGAGUUUUAUGAAGCGCUUGGAGUGGACCCGAAGGAGAAGCUUUUGGUUUAUUCGGAUGCGUUGAAUGUUGAGAAGGCGGUUGGGUUGUGGGACCAGUGUCGGGGGUUGGGUUUGGAGAAAGUGUCCUUUGGAAUCGGAACGCACUUUACGAACGACUUCAAGACCAAGUCGAGCGGUGGAAAGGCGAAGAGUAAGGCGUUGAAUAUUGUGAUAAAGUUGGGUGUGUUGGGAGGGAAGCCAUGUGUCAAGUUGAGCGAUGAUUUGAACAAGACGACGGGGGACAAAGCAGUCGUGAACCAUGUUGUUGAGCUGUAUGAUUUACAGACGAAGUAG